AUGGCUUCAGCAGCUCCAGUAAUCAAUCCAAAGGCAUUCCCAUUGGCUCCUCCCGAACUAAGCAACAAGAUCAUGGACUUGGUCCAGCAAGCUUCUCAUUACAAGCAGUUGAAGAAGGGUGCUAACGAAGCUACAAAGACCCUCAACCGCGGUAUUGCUGAAUUCAUCGUCAUGACUGCAGACACCGAUCCAUUGGAAAUCUUGUUGCAUUUGCCCUUGUUAUGUGAAGACAAGAACGUACCAUACGUCUUUGUACCUUCAAAGCAAGCUCUGGGACGUGCCUGUGGUGUAUCUAGACCCGUCAUCUCAGCUUCAGUCACCCAGAAUGAUGCAUCCGAAUUGAAGACUCAGAUUGAUGCAAUCAAGAUUGAAAUCGAAAAGCUAUUGAUCUAA